AUGGCCGAACCGAGGAAAGUACCCUUUGUGACCGUGUCGGCUUUUAGCUCCGUAGCGGCCGCCGACCCGCAGAACCCCCGACUGGAGGCCGACGCCGAAGACUGUCCCGGGAUAAAUGGGCGGUCUGGGGGUCCGGAGAUGGGGGCCGGGGUCAGCUGCGGUUUGCCAGGUAUCGAUGCGGCCGGUGACAGGGGCGACGGCGGCCCGAGGCGAAUCACGGUGCGGCUCAACCUCCGCCUCUCCGAGCCCAGCGCUCGUGGAUCUGCCGAGUUCAGCUACGCGGAGCUGGUCCAGUCCUCCGAGACAAAAAAGCCCCUUGAAAGACUCACACCUGCCUUUGACCCCAGUGACCCCUUUGCAGAUGAGGAGAGGGAGAGACUAGAAGUUGAGGGGUUGGCCAGGAAAUUCGAGAGCAAAUACGGCACUUCUAGUAGACGGAGAAGGACAGACCGAAUGCAGGAUCUGAUUGACAUCGGCUUCGGCUAUGACGAAAGUGACUCCUUCAUAGACAACUCAGAAGCUUAUGAUGAGCUGGUACCAGCCUCCCUAACCACCAAGCUCGGAGGAUUCUACAUCAACACGGGGACCCUGCAGUUCCGGGCAGCUUCUGACUCCGAUGGGGAGGAAGCUGGAAGAGACAAAAAAGGCUUCCAGAAGCUGAAAGGCGGAGAGGAACGAGUGGUUAAAAAGAGGAAGAAGAAACAAGAUGGGGGCAAUAGUGAGGAAAAGAAGGUGAAAAAGGUCAAAGAGCCCAAGCAGAGAGUUCUGUCUUUGAAUGCCCAUCGACCGGAGAAGAAAAAGCGGAAACAGCUGAUGAAAGAUUCCCUCAGUCUGGCCGCUAUGGUCCGCCGCCUCACCCCGGACAAGGGCUCCAGCGGCGGGAGCCGGGCCCCAAAUGGGACACCGGUGCCCCGCGUGCCUCCACACCCUCACCCCCUGCCCCAUGUCACCCCUCCACCCACCCACCUGUCGCUAGACCCUGCCUUGAUGUCGCUGCUGCACUCGACCAAAGGCAACCCGAUACUGCAGAACCUUGUGGGUGAACUUGACCUGUCCCAACUGGACCGUCCGCUGCCCCCCAGUUCUGUCCAGGGGGAGAACGGACUUCCAGUGACGGGGGUGGGUCAGAAGUCGUGCGGGGCUGUCUUACCGAAGGCUCAGGGGCCUCAGGGGUUGAGUGUUGGUCUCCUAAAACCUCCACCGCUCCCCAGCGGCCUGCCUGGUGCCCUUGUGAAGCGCAUCGAAGAUCUCCGAGUGGCAUCUCGUCAGUUCGAUGAGGAAGGGAGGAAGAAAUUCUUCACUUUGGAGAUGAACAACAUCCUUCUGGACAUUGAGCUGCAGGUGCAGGAGCACCCCAUGUCCGUGCGCUCGGCCGUCUACUCGCACCUAGAGGCAUUCGUGCCCUGCAGCAGGGGGGCACUGUUGAAGCGACUGAAGAAACUCAGCAACACCACACGGGCCGGCUCCGUCUGCGUGCAGGCUGGCUCCGUCUGCGUGCAGGCCGGCUCCGUCUGCGUGCAGGCUAACCCAGCUGCGCAGGACGACCAUAUGAAAAUGCCACUGCUGCGACUGAAGCUGGCGGUGUGCAGUGCGAUGCCCGCACAGAUCGCCAAAUACAACAUGGACCUCGAUGCCAAAGCCGCCAAGUGUGUCUCGCCCGGGAAAUGGGGGGCGGCCCUGGUGCGCGUGACCGGCCUCUCUGACCGGAUACCUGAAAGCCUGUCACCUGUAUCCUGCAGGCAACAGUCCGAGGAGCUGGAGAGGAACGCCUCCGAGGAGGAGGACGAGGAGAAACCGGGCCGCAAAGCGGCCGGCCUGCGGAAGAAGUUCAUCUGGGACGACAGACUCAGGACCCUGCUUUGCAACCUGGUGCGCGUGAAGCUGGCCUGUUAUGCGCAGGAGCCGCGGGGGCCGCUGUCUGUGGAGGACUACCUGAAGGCCUUCAUGGAGACCGAGGUCAAGCCCCUCUGGCCCAAGGGCUGGAUGCAGUCCAGGAUGCUGUUUAAGGAAAGCAGACUUGUUCACAGUCACCUGACUGGCAACUUAGUCAAGAAGAAGAAAGCUAAGCCCAAGCCCCCCCCAGUAGUGGCUCCGCCUCCUUCAGCUCCGGCCCCCUGCCAGUCCAGCGCCUCCCCCAUGGAGACCAUCUGCCUCUCCGACUCCCAGGAUGAAGACCAAGACCCAGUCUCGGACGUCUCUCAUGGCCCCACCCACCAGGGCGAUGCUGCUAAGGGUGUGACCCAAAGCGACAGCCCUCCUGUGGCUCCACCCCUUUCCGGCUUCCCUCCGCUGGUCUCCCUCCCUUGCUCUGCCCCGAAGGGAGGAGCUACAAUGACGCCGACACCCAAGCCCAAUCCAGCUGGGUCCCUCUCCCCGCCUAAACCAAGGCCGGCGAAUACCGCCUCUCUGUUACCUCCCCAGCAGACUGCUUUUUGUAAGCCUGCGAUAAAGCACGGGCUGGUCAUACCUUCCUCAGGGCAAACCACUCCCUCCCCAGGCCGUUCCCCGCCUUCAUCUCGGCUAGCCCCGCCCCUUAAUGGAUUUACCCUUCCAAAGCCUGGGCUGGCCACGCCCUCACCUGAUCCAGUCAAAAGCAGUAACCAAUCCAGCUAUGGCAGCAGCAGUACCAGCCGCAGUCUCUUUCCUCAGGCUCGGCUGAGCGGACUUGCCUCUCCCCACUUAAACCAUAAAAGUUCUCCUUCCCAUAAAACGCCGCAUUCUUCUCUUCUCAAAGGAGCCUCCACUGCCCCUCAGACCUCAUCGUCAUCCUCAUUGCCACCCUCAAAUCCCAGCCCGCACCAGAAUAGCGUUUCUAACUUCAUCACCCCUAUGCAGGCCACGCUCACCAAAUCCUCACACAGCAACAACCCUCCCAUCAUCAAGCUGAGCCCCCGGCCACCUGCUCCUGCCCCCCAGGUUAGUGCAGGACAGACUGGGUACAGCCCGACCGGAGUGCAGAACGCCCCCCACCACGGCAGCGUCUCGGCAAGUUCUGCGAGAACCAUGUCUGUUUCAAGUCACGUGGUCUCCAGCUCUGCCCCGGCGGUUUUGUCGACCAAUCACGGACAGCAUAUGAGAGCCGGGGGCGGGUCCAGUCAGACAGCCAAGUCGGACGUUGGCCUUGUGUCUGUCGCGGGUCUGAGUGGCCCUGUUACCGCUCAUCUGUCACAGGGCUCCUCUGCGGGGGGCGUUCUGCUGGGCCCUGCGCCCUCCCCGCUCUCGCUGAGCCUCGGCCUUCUGGGGGGUCUGGUUCCCGUCUCCUUGCCCUUCCAGUUCCCACCCUCCCUACUUAGCCCGGCCACCGCGGGGAAUCCAGCCGGGGGGAACGGCACGGUGCUGGGAGGCGGCUCAGGAUUCAGCCCGACUCAGAAUGUCAGCCCCACUCAGGGAGGUGAGACCAAGAGGAAUUUGCACUGAAUGCAGAAAGGGCCGUACAGCCCCGGACCAAUUGGGAAUGAGGACAGUAUUGACAGACAGUGGAGCUAACAAAUGGCAAUAUGUGAAAAGCUGGGGUUUCACCCAGUCAGAAAGAAGGAUACAUCGAGCAAGCGGAAGUGAUGAAAAUGGGGUAAGAUGUAGUGCGAUGAGACAACUUUGAGGACUGCUUUUGGAGAGGAUUCAAAACCAUUAUUUUUUACCAAUGGCUGACCGUCAUCAGUGAGAAAAGAGGUAGAAGAGAAUGUGCAAUGUGUUUCACCGCUGACACCUCUGUCCGCUCCACUUCUGUGCUUGUCAGUCUUUGUAUGCCACUUGCAAUUUUGUUUCUGUUUUAUUUUACUUUAAUCCCCCCCCCCCCAUUUCUACCAUACGACAGAGUUCAAGUGCAAUUUGGCUAUAGACUGUUGCUAAUUUACACUCAGAAACAUGUCUGUAUGUUUUCUAUGUGUACUCGUCGGGUCCAAUUUAGGUGUUGGCAUUUCCUUUUCUGCUCCCAGUCUAACAGUCUCCCAGCACAGGAUCACAUCACGCUUUGUGUCCUACUUGAAUUGUUUUUUUUUAAUUUGUCAGUCUGUUCCUCACUGAAAGGUGAGAUGUGCCUACAAGUCUACAGCAAGCCUUAGACUGUAAUGAACUAUGCAAGGCAAUAAAUGGGUGAAACACUGUCA